AUGGCUACUGCGUUUGUUACUGUUGGUACAACUUCAUUCGAUAAAUUGAUUAAUGAAGUUAAUAAGACCAAAUUUUAUGAAGGUCUUACGCGAUUGGGUUAUAAGAAUUUGAUUAUACAGUAUGGAAAUGGUUCCAUUAUACCUCAUACUUCUGAAGAAGGUUCUGUCGAAAACUUACACAUUGAAGCUUUUCGAUACAAGGAUUCUCUCAAAGCCGAAUUUGCCAAUGCUUCUCUAGUUAUUAGUCAUGGAGGUGCUGGUGUUUGUUUACAAGCCCUUACUCCAAUUGGAAGUCGUCGACUAAUCAUAGUUAUAAAUGAUUCGUUAAUGGGUAAUCAUCAAGAAGAGCUUGCGCUUACUCUAUUGCGAGGGAAGCAUGCUCUAGUUUGUACUCCUUCAUCGCUUAAUCAACUGAUUUGGACAGGAGUUGAGUCUAUAUAUCCUUCUAAAUUAACAUGCGACAGACCGACAAAUUAUGAUCACUCAAGUGGAAGAUAAGCUAGCUAGCUGUUUCACUUCAAUGUACAUUUACAAGUUUAACUGCUCCUACGGAGGAAGCUAUAUAGGGCGAACAACUAGACAGCUCAGAAAACGUAUUACUGAGUAUCCUCUUGCGAGGUCCGGAAAGGGUCAAGUAAAAUCUAUAAAAAGUCUUAUUUUGUCUCAUUUAGUUGAUGGUGGUCACCAAGUGGAAAGAAGAAAAAGCGCCUGCGAAGUUAUCUAUCGCAUUCCAUCAAACCUUUCGAACCCUCCUUUUACACAUAACUGAAGCUAUGGGAACUUGAGGGAACAAUCCUAAUCUCUGUAUUACAAAAGAAGUUUGUUCUACCUUCCCACACUUUCUUAUUCUUCAUUUCCUUCGUACUUUCAUGACAUUUUACUUAAACUCUGAUUACCUAUCCACUUCAUCUUUAGCAUUGCGUAACUUUUGAUCGAUUUAUUGAAUGGUUUGCUUAAUGAUACUACCUUCAUUAUUCUUAUCGCCACCUGCAUAAAUUUUUUGUACUUUUGUUAUCAUCGAACUUAUUAUCAUUAUUUUUGCUGUUAUUAUAAUUACCAUUAUUAGUGACAUUCAAAACAUUUAACAUUUAUUAGCAUUUUUGAUUCACAAAUUCACCGUCAUUGGUUAAACUUUAGAGCAAAGCCUGUAGAAGA